UGCCCGCCUCCCACCGCCCCCCCAUGUCGGUGGUGAAGUCCAUCGAGCUGGUGCUGCCCCCGGACACCGUGUACCUGGCGGGCUCCAGCGUGAAGGGCCAGGUGGUACUGACUCUGCACAGCACCCUGGUGGACCCGGUGGUACGUGUGGAGCUGGUGGGCCGGGGCUACGUGGAAUGGAGUGAGGAGACCGGCCACUCACUGGACUACAGCCGUGAGAUCCUGUGUAACAACAAGGCCGACUACGUGCACAAGAUCAAGACCUUCCCGGUGCCGGGUAACUGGCUAGGAGCCGGCAGCCACAGGUUCGACUUCCGUUUCAACUUGCCACCCCGGCUCCCCUCCAGCUUCAGCGGCCGUCUGGGCCAUGUCUGCUACUUCCUGCAAGCCUCCUGCCUGGGCCGUGAGAUCGUACUGGCAAAGAAGCGUGUCUACCUGCAGGUCCAGGCCACGGCCGACACCGACACCCACAGCCACCUGCUGCAGGAGAGGCCCCUGUCGGCGUCGGCAGAGAAGAAGGUGUCCUACCACUGCUGCGGGCGGGGCUGGGUGCGUCUGCAGCUCUGGCUGGAGCAGAGCACCUUCCGGCCCGGGGAGACGCUGAGCUUCACGGCCGAGGUGCAGAACCGCACCGCCCGGGCCAUCCGUGCGGUGGUGGCGGUGCUGGUGGCCCACGUGAGCUACCAGGGCUUCACCCCGUCGGCCGAACGCCGGUCCCGGGCCGACAGCACCCAGCUGCUGCGCCGAGAGGCCCCGGGGCCCAUCGCCCCCUUCAGCACCGGUCGGGUGGGGGCCACCCUCUCACUGCCCACCGUGCUGGCCCUCAGCGGCCCGGGGCCCAAUCAGAAUGACCUCAUGAGCACCCACUACGAGCUGCUCAGCUCCGUGCGUCUGCCCUGGUCUCUCAGCUCCGUCAAGGCCGCCCUCCCCAUCUUCAUCGUUGGGCACUCCCCGGAGGCCUCCCUGGAGGAGGAGGAGGAUCCCACCAGUCCUGAGGAUUAAAGAUUUAUCAGACUCUC